CUUGCUCUGAAGGCAAAGCUGCCGCUGCCGCUUCCGCAUUGCUUCCUUGUUUAUUAGUUUAAAGGAAAAACUGAGUUUUUAUAGAAGGGAAAACGUUCGAGUUUUCUCACCGUGGAAACUGAGAGAACUCCCCCACAAGUCUGCCGGGUCCCCGCCGACCUGAAGCGACGUGUCUCUGUCUCUGUCUCUGUCUGACCAGCAGAGACUCGGGCAUCUGAGCUUCUCCGCGUCCAAGUCGAAGUUCAGCCCCUGCUCUGAAUGGCCACAGCAGCAGAGGAGCCUCCGGGGCUGCAGGGCCAAGCCGGCAAUUCGACCGGGACUCGUAAAAAUGCUUAUCCAGAGGGUGGACCAAGCACGAGCAUGUCUCCGGCCAUGAAAAAAACAAUUGGCCAUCGUGGAAUUGAUACCACUGGGGAGACCACGUACAAGAAGACAACCUCGUCGGCCCUUAAAGGUGCUAUCCAGUUGGGCAUCACGCACACGGUUGGCAGCUUAAGCCAAAAACCUGAGAGAGACGUACUGCUGCAGGAUUUUGAGGUGGUGGAAAGCAUCUUCUUCCCCAAUGAGGGCAGCAACCUUACACCAGCGCACCACUACGGAGACUUCAGGUUCAAGACAUACGCCCCGAUCGCCUUUCGCUACUUCAGGGAGUUGUUUGGCAUCCGGCCUGAUGACUACAUGUAUUCUCUGUGUAAUGAGUCGCUGAUUGAGCUGUCGAGCUCUGGUGCCAGCGGAUCUCUGUUCUACGUCUCAAGCGAUGAUGAAUACAUCAUUAAGACGGUGCAGCACAAAGAGGCAGAAUUUCUGCAGAAACUGCUUCCAGGAUAUUUUAUGAACCUGAACCAGAACAGGCGCACCCUAUUACCAAAGUUUUAUGGACUCUACUGUGUCCAGGCAGCGGGUAAAAACAUCCGUAUUGUAGUCAUGAACAAUUUGCUCCCGAGUGCAGUGCGAAUGCACUUAAAGUACGACCUAAAGGGCUCCACCUACAAGCGACGGGCCUCAGCUAAAGAGAGGGAGAAGACUGUUCCCACAUACAAGGACCUGGAUUUCAUCCAGGACAUGCCUGACGGGCUGCGACUGGAGGGGGACAAGUUCAGUGCAGUUUGCAAAACCAUUCAGAGAGACUGUCUGCUCUUGCAGAGUUUCAAGAUAAUGGACUACAGCCUUCUGGUAGGAGUCCACAAUGUAGAUCAGGCCUGUCGAGAGCAGCUGAGCGAAGAGGCGGUGGCAGCGGCCAUGGACCAGAGGAGGCCGCAAGGCCAAAAGUCCCUGUACAGCACUGCUAUAGAGGCCAUCCAAGCAGAGGCAGGGAGCAUGGGACCAAUGGACACAGAGGACCAAACUGGAGGAAUACCAGCACGAAACACAAAAGGCGAGAGGCUGCUGGUGUACAUUGGCAUCAUUGACAUCAUGCAGUCCUACAGAUUAGUGAAGAAGCUUGAACACUCAUGGAAAGCUCUGGUUCACGAUGGGGAUACUGUAUCAGUUCACAGACCAAGCUUUUACGCAGAACGAUUUCAGAAGUUCAUGUGCAAUAUAGUCUUCAGGAAGAUCUCAUUGAAGACCUCCCCAUCUAAGAAGCGCAGAAAAGCAGCUGGCGCUGGGCCUCUACUGUUAACACAAACCAGCAGCAGCAGCAGCAGCCAGCAGCAUUUCCUCCAGCGUCAAGUCAGCUCUGACACCAGAGAAGACACUGAUGGAGACAAUGUCUUGCAUUCAGGUCGUCCUGACCUCCUCCCAAAGGCCUUACCACACAGCAAUGCUGUUGGCAACGCUGCCGAAACCACCAUUUCCUCCGCCUCCUCCUCCUCCUUGGUAAACCCUGGAUUCACUCCCACAAGUCAGCCUGUGACUAACUCUCAGGAUAUAAGCAGGUCAGUGGGAGUGGAUUUAAACAGCAUGUUGAGUAGAGCUCUGGAGCACAGCGUCCCCAAGAGAACUCCAUUUGUGUCUCUCGAUGAAAGUUUUAGUGCUGAGGACGCAAUCUCACUCAGUGACAUAGUUCCUCACACAAGCAAAUGUCCUGUAUAAAUGUGGGGGAAGAGAACAGGAUUCAAAUAAACCUGAGACAAGCUUGGAGGAUGUUACGAGCAUGGAUGAAAUGUUACAACCCCUUGGUGUCAUUUAAGGUACCCAAAAUUGUAUCAAGUGUAUCAGCAAGACCAACUGGGACUUAUAUAUAUAUAUAUUUUUUUGUUGUUAAUAUUUUUGCACUUUGAUUUCCGAAUCUCAAUGUGGGAUGAGCAUGUUAGUAGCUUGUGUUGUUCUGACACUAGUAAUUGUGGGUGUAUUAAACGUCAUUAUUAAUCUAAAAGGAAUUGCUGUUUGUUGAAGGUUGUUCUUGCCCCUGAUGUGCUCAACUAAGUUACUAAACACGAGGACUUAUUUGAGAACAAAACUUCUCUAUUCAAGCCCCAAUUAUUUAAAAUUCAUUAUCUAGUUUUCAAAAUGAAUUCCACAUUUGUGUUUACCACAUUGCUGUAGCACAUCCUCAUGCAUAUUUUGCUGUGUAAGUGUCAGGUGACUAGGAAACUCUUCCUGCCAUAUGUUUAAUGUAGACACUAAAACACAAACUGAUAUCUGGAAUGGGAGCACAAUUUUAAAUGAUAGGGUUUUCCUUUUUUUUAAAGCAAAUACUGUAUCCGUACAUGGUAAUCUGCAGUUUUUAAAGCUAAAAGAGAAGUCAUCCUCAACCUGUCUCUUUUUAACCAGCUGUUCUAACGGACCUGUUCUUCUAUAGAGACUGUGAAUUGUGUUAAUUUUUAAAGACUUCUAUUUUAUCUUUUUUAAAAUUCUUUACUCUGUACGAUCUGAUGUCAGUCUCAGGUUUAGUGUGUAGACGUCUAAUGACCAAAUGUGACCAAUGAACUGAUACACAAACGGUGACCUUGGGCCUGUUUCACGAAGUACACCGAGUAAGUGGCCUAAAUUCGGCGUGAACCUCGUCUGAGGUGAGUGGUUGCCGUGGUAACCAAUGGCACUGACCAAGCCUGCAAGGAGCAUUUUAUUGGAGAAAUCACGAAAAUAUGAGAAUAACUAACUAAUUUAUUGUGUGACAAGUAAAAAGAGCACGGAAUGACUUUAUUACAAACUUGUGGAACAAUCACUUUUUCCAUGAGAAUUAAUGAUAUUGGAAAUGGUAUUAGUAUUAGUAUUUUGCAGUAUAACCAGUGUCUCUCGUCAGUGGCAGUACUUGCUUAAAUUUACUGUUGCUUGUCAGUUGCGCCAUUUUCAAAAUUGUAUUUUUUCAUGUCGGUUAAGUGCAGUCUUAUGUAAAUAUUUAAUGUUCAUCACUACAGCCAUAGAGGACAUUAGGUGAAUAUAUAUAUAUAUAUAUAUAUAUACCCCUGCCAUAUACAAUCAUAUAUAGGUGUUGAUUUUACUGUAUGACCAUCUUGGAGGCUGCAGUUUGUGGUGCUGUUGAUCUGUAUCCCGUUGUCCUGACAGAUGUUUUCGUCAUGUCUAUCCCCUUUACUUCAGUGAGGAUAGAGUAAAUAACAAAACACAUCUGUGUAAUAUUACUGCAGUGCCUUAACCUAAUACAUUAGCAACUGGGUGCAUAUAACAAGGAGACACGGGGCCAUUGAUGCAUUGAUACCAUGUGUUUUCAGAGCUGCAGAUACAGACAUGCUGAUGUGCACCAUCAUGUGUUGGAAAAUUAAGUUAGUGAGUGCUUCAGCAGUUCAGACACACAUGCCACCUUAAAGCCAGUGAGUUUUAGAACUACUCUUCUUUUUGCUUCUUGGAUGAUGUUUGUGCAUUUUGGUGUUUUCUAUGUUAUAUUCUACAUUUUAACAUAUUAAACAUCUUGUAAAUUAGACCACGAAGAACAGAGUAGAAAGACUUGCCUAAGUGUUUUUGUCAGUUCUUUAGGGUGGAAUGUGAAGUCCAGGACAAAAUGUAGGUUGGUAAGAGUUUUUACUUCGGUGGCACCGCAGGGUUUUUUUCCUGACACUUUUUCUAUUGAGUGUCAUCUGCUGCUAAAAGUUUGAGAAAAAACUAUGCAUUAAGUAAAUAUAUGCAUUAUAUACAUUCCACAUUAGGUUGCUUAGAGAGUAGAAGGCCUGUAUAUUUUCACAUUGGUUUAUAAUGUAUUGAAUUUAUUGUGAUGCAUUCUUGUUCCUCCUUUUUGUAUGCAUGUGGUGCAUUUACUAAUUCCUAAACAUUCUUUUUUUAAAAUAUUAAUUAUAUUGUUAAUAUAACUUGUAUUGCUGAACAUUCUCCAGUAACGUACAUUUUCACCCUAUUUCAUAUUAAAUUCACUGUUCUUGA